CUGAGAUGCCAGUGUCCUCCCCUGAGAGCCCCUGGUCAGUAGACCCUGCUGAGGUGAUUACCAGACGGGAUCUGAGACAAACCCACCUGGUGUUCAGCAUCGACCCUCGGGGCUGUGAGGACGUAGACGACACCCUGUCCAUACGCAGCCUCCCCCCCGACCCGGGGGGUCAGAGGUUAGAGCUGGGCGUUCACAUCGCUGACGUCACACACUUUGUUAAAGAGGGGUCGCUGACGGACCUGGAGGCUCGCGCUAGGGCCACCACGUACUACCUGGCCGACCGCAGGUAUGACAUGCUGCCUGCUGUCCUCAGUGCUGACCUCUGCUCUCUGCUGGGAGGGGUGGACAGGUAUGCCAUGAGCGUCAUGUGGGACCUGGAUGCCCAGACCCUGGCGGUGAACAAGGUGUGGUACGGUCGUACACUAAUCCAAUCCUCCUACCAGCUUUACUAUGAACUGGCCCAGGCUCUGCUCAACGGAGAGGAGGCAGAGGUCCCAGAACUAGCCCAGCUACCACCUGGGGAGAGGGAUGCCAAGCUGGCCCAGCUCACCCAGGCCCUGGAGACCCUCACCCACGUGGCCAGACAGCUGCGUGCCCAGAGGGACAAGGGAGGAGCGUUGGAGCUGGAGGGGGUAGAGGUGAGGGCGCAGCUGGAUGAGGACAAGAACAUCACAGCCCUGGUGCCCAGACAACCACUGGAGGUCCAUGAGACGGUUGCAGAGUGCAUGAUCUAUGCCAACCACUGGGUGGCCCGUAAGAUCCAGGAGAGUUUCCCCCAGCAGGCCUUGCUGCGCCACCACCCGCCCCCACGCCAAGAGUUCUUCAACCAGCUACAGGACAGUGCCCGGGCACGCGGCUUCACCAUAGACACCAGGUCAAACAAGGCCCUGGCUGACUCCCUGGACCGGGCCGUGGACCCCCGGGACCCGCUGGUGAACCGGCUGCUGAGGGUGAUGGCUACCAUGGCCAUGUCUAAUGCCCUCUACUUCUCUACCGGAGCCUGCCCUGUCGACCAGUACUAUCACUAUGGUCUGGCUCUGGAACGAUACACCCACUUCACCUCUCCCAUCCGUCGCUAUGCCGACAUGAUCGUCCACCGCCUGCUCACCGCAGCCAUCGCCACGGAGAAGGGGGCGGGACCAGCCAAGGCCUUAGCCAGUAACAAAGAGUUGGAGGAGGUGGCUCAGCAAAUCAACAACAAGAACAGGGCAGCACAGCAUGCCCAGAAGGUGUCCACAGAGCUUUUCCAGUGUCUCUACUUCAGAGACAAAGACCCAGAGACAGACGAGCGCUGUGUGGCCGACGCGGUCAUCUACACCAUCAGAGCCAACGGCAUGCUGGUCUUCAUACCACAGUAUGGCCUGAAGGGGGCAGUGUACCUGAAGAACAGAGAGGGCCAGGUGGUGAGUGAGAGCCAGGAUGGAGGAUGUGACUGGCAGACUGGUUCUCUACAGAGAUACCUGGACCACAUCACUACCACUACUGCUGCUGGCGCCUCCACCUUCAACCUGUUCCAACACAUCACCGUGCGUAUCUCAGUACAACCAUCACGUUGUCACUCAGACACAAUCCGUCUGGAAGUGGUCAGCAACAGGCCCCACCAGGCCCCCGAGACUCAGGCCCAGAACCCCCAGCCCCAGGGGGCUAGGGGCCGCUCCCAGCUGGUCCAGGAGGUGGUUCGGCAGGCAGAGGAGGCCUCUCAGCAGGCGGAGGAGGAGAGGGGCCGGGCCCCCAAACUGUCCAAGGAGGAGAGGGAGUUCAGACAGAGUAAAUGUCCCAACCUCUACUCUCUCCUGGAGGAGGUCAGGGAGCUGGCCUUGCUGGACCUGGCUGCCUGUGGAGCAGGUGGUGGUGGUCUGGGAGCAGCCGCUCAGGCUUGUGCUACGUCAGCAUAGAUGAGGUGGAGAAGUAGGAGGAGGAACAACAGGUCUGGGAACAGCUGCUCAGCCCUGCAGUACAUCAACAUGGAUGAGGUGGUGGUGGAGGAGCAGGAGGAACAACAGGUCUGGGAACAGCUGCUCAGCCCUGCGGUACAUCAACAUGGAUGAGGAGCAGGAGGAACAACAGGUCUGGGAACAGCUGCUCAGCCCUGCGGUACAUCAGCAUAUAACUACAUACAACUUCUGAUUCUGGGUCAGAUUAUUGUGGAGGAGGAAGGGGGGCGGUUGAAGAGUAAGGAGGUGCAGGAGGCAGAGUAACCGGUCAACAUCAGCAUCAAACUUUAACACUGACUCGGGAUCAGAUUGUGGUGCUUUUCAUGGAUUUAACCUGCAUGCAGACAGACCCUCUGGACUGACCAUCUUACUAUACAUCCUGGGUGUUAUCACCAUGGUUACCAGACUCUACUUAGGCACAUCUUUAGUCUUAUUUGGAAAAUGAACAGUGGAUUGAAGUUGUGAGAUGAGACGGAUGCAUGUAAUAUUAUAUACAUGAAUGAAUACACACUGAUUCAGGAACAGCUCUCAACAGGACAGUUACCAUAGAAACGUCUGGAACAAACAGCAGCUCUGGUCUCAACAGGACAGUUACCAUAGAAACGUCUGGAACAAACAGCAGCUCUGGUCUCAACAGGACAGUUACCAUAGAAACGUCUGGAACAAACAGCAGCUCUGGUCUCAACAGGACAGUUACCAUAGAAACGUCUGGAACAAACAGCAGCUCUGGUCUCAACAGGACAGUUACCAUAGAAACAUCUGGAACAAGCAGCAGCUCUGGUCUCAACAGGACAGUUACCAUAGAAACAUCUAGAACAAGCAGCUACAGUUUUUACAAAACAUUUCUAAUUUUCUGUAUUUGAUUGAACACAGAGAUAUAGAAUAGAUUCCACAUAAAUCGAUUCUCAGGCCAUAGUUUUUUCACUGAACUGUAUAAUGACAAUGGUAUUGUAUUUUAACCUAAAUAUAUUUUUGUAAUAUUUUUGGCAGUUGAUAUCUUGUGAAAAACAAGUAUUUUCAAGUGCUCUAUUCCAUCGUAUAAUGUUUUAAAUGAAUUAAAGUGCAUUACCAAACCUGACAGUU